GGGCAGCCACAGCGGAGCUUGGCCCUCCCCCUGGAGACGGCAGCCCUCGGCAAUAGCGAGAGGUGCUGCUGCUGCAGGCCCGAGAGCGUGGGGGCUCAGGACGUUGUGGCGCGGCGAGGAGAUCCCUGACGCGGUUUUUUGUCUCCUCCGGGAACGUUAUUUUGAAGAAUGUCCGGAAGCUUCUACUUUGUAAUUGUGGGUCAUCAUGAUAAUCCCAUAUUUGAAAUGGAAUUUCUACCUCCUGGAAAAGUAGAAUCCAAGGAUGAUCAUCGCCAUCUCAACCAGUUCAUUGCCCAUGCUGCUCUUGACCUAGUAGAUGAGAACAUGUGGCUUUCUAACAACAUGUAUCUGAAGACUGUGGACAAAUUUAAUGAAUGGUUUGUUUCUGCUUUUGUCACAGCUGGACAUAUGAGGUUCAUAAUGCUUCAUGAUGUAAGGCAAGAAGAUGGAAUUAAGAACUUCUUUAAUGAUGUCUAUGACUUGUAUAUAAAGUUUGCAAUGAAUCCAUUUUAUGAACCCAAUUCUCCUAUUCGAUCAACUGCCUUUGAAAGGAAAGUGCAGUUCCUUGGGAAGAAACACCUUUUAGGCUGAAUAAAUAAAUUUCCGAAGUGAGUGCUUUCUCGCACCUUUCUGAUUACUUGAACUGUAGUACUUUUGGUUAGUUCUCAGCAUGUCUGACACUCAUCUUUCUGAAGAUUGACAAAUUGGAUGCUGAAGAAGCUUUUUUGCUGAUACAAAUAAAAACAACCUAGCUUCUCUGGUUAAAAGAUGUAUCUUAAGAAGUUUCCAUUUAUAUCUUAUGAAAAAUUGUUUAAAAAUGUCAGGCUGAGUAGGUACGCUUUGAGACAUAUGGGUGUCAAUGCAUAUGCAAAAUUUAAGCUUCUUUAUAGAGGGUGGGAGGAAAUCGGUUCUAAACGCAAAAGAUGUCUUUCAUUCAUGUGAUUUAAUAUGAGCAAAAGGGAAUUUUUGACUGUUUGGCCUAAAUGCUUAAUUUUGUUAUAAAGCUUUCUACUUAUAGUCAUUAGCUGGAAAACUUACUCUGGAGAAUAUCAGACUAAUUUUACCCCUCAUGGUAUUAAAUCAGGUCUGUAUCAAUAUUGUAAUAUAUGUAUAUAAAGGAAUGAGAGGGUAUCAGCAAAGCUCUGCAGUGUUAUCUUCUGUCUUUCAGCAAGUUCUAAAGCUUGAAAUUGCAAAUUACAAGAUUUUUAGUGCAAUACAUAUUUAGCUGCAGUGUUGUAUCAGUGAAAUGAGUGAAUAAAGUAGACCAAAACAGUUCUGUUUCCCUUGACUUUCAGUCAAAUUCACAGGUAGAAAAAAAUGCUAAUGUACAUGUUUAAACCCAUCUUUACUGUGCAACUCUAUGUGCUGACGUUUCCAAAAGCAUUAUUUGGCCCAUCUGGCUACUAUUACAUUAUGAAUUGUGGUUAGGGACUCUUUUGCAAAACUUGCCAGCAUUCCAAAAUGGCAAUUUAGCAAAUACACAUCUAAUAUUUUCAUUCAUUUUACAAUCUUUUAAAUAGUCUGUUUCUUUUUCCAGCAAAACUGUGUAAACUAUUUUCUUGUACCUUUUGUUUAAAUGUCCAAAAAGUACUUUCUAGAACAGCUUGCCACUUCCUUUGGAAAUUACAUUUUGCAUAGUCUGUAUGACUUAAACAGCCAUGUGAAUAGGUGUUUUAAGUGUGCAGUCAGUCAUUAUUUCUUUGUAAUGUAUGCUUACUGCUAAAUUGUCACUGUAAAAUAUACCAUGAAAAAAAGCAACAAGAUAAUAUAUUAAGAUCCAGAUAUUCACCUUAAAUAAAAUGUGAUAUGAUGAGGUA